UAACAUUGUAAAAUCGAGUUAAUUUAAAUUUUUUACUCGACGAGAGUAACAUUGUUUACUUUACUAAAAGUACGAGUUAAUUUAUUAUAAUGUUAAUUUCGCGUUACAGGAUAGAGGGUCAACCCUUAUAUUAUUAUUACCCUUACGUUUACCAAGAUGACGACAAAUACUCAUAUUUGAAACCAUUGGAUCAUAAUUCUGGAAAAUUGGUCAUGUCUCACGAAACUUUACCGCCUACUUCUCCUUUUAGUACUCAGAGUGACAGUGAAAACUCAGUAUCCAGUAUAGAAAUACCAAAAAAAGAACUUCGUUCGACCAGUACUUUUAUCAAGAAUACGCAGCUUUUACCACAAGUACAAUGUCGUUGGAGAUCUUGUGGAAUUUUAUUUUCGUCUUUGGAUCAACUAGCUUUACACGUUACCAAAGUACAUUCAGCUAGUGGAGUUGGUGGACUAUUUUAUUGCGGAUGGGAUGGAUGUACCAGAAAUAAUAGAGGAUUCAACGCCAGAUACAAAAUGCUGGUUCACGUCCGAACACACACCAACGAAAAACCACACAAAUGCUUCCAAUGUGAAAAAUCGUUUUCGCGAGCGGAGAAUUUGAAAAUUCAUUCAAGAUCACACAGUGGCGAAAAACCUUACGUAUGUCCAGUUCCAGGUUGCAACAAAGCAUACUCAAAUUCUAGUGACAGAUUCAAACAUUCGAGAACACAUCAGGUUGAUAAACCAUAUCAAUGUAAAAUCCCAGGUUGUUCCAAAAAAUAUACAGACCCUAGCAGUUUGAGAAAACACGUUAAAACUUACAAACAUUUUGUUAACGAAAACCAAAAUACUUUAAGUGUACAGCCUAUAUUAGAGACUGAAGUAGAGGAUAGAUUGUCCAACACAGAACCUUUGUUUCGAGAAAAUGUGAUACGACACCCUUGUAAUUGUAAUAGAGCCUGUUGUAUAACUAAAUGUAUGAUCAGCAGAUCCGAACUAUUCAAAAUAGGAAAUUUAAUUGAUAUUAAAGAAAGUGAAAAUACACCUUCUUGGAACACACUUACGAAACAACCUUAUAUAUCAGAACCAAAUGACGGUAUCCUCUAUGAAGAGAUGCAAGUAGAUGGUCCUUUAGAUUUAAGUUUACACAGAAGGAAGUGCUGACUUUCAACAAUUUAUAUAACUCAGAAAUUGUAGACUGAUAAUUUUUAAUGUGUGAGUUUUUAUUUACUUAGUUGUAUCUUUGAACUGUAAGUUAAGAACUUGGCAAUGACGAAAUGUGAUAUUUUUAUUUAUAAUGUUUACAAUAAAAUUAAUGAGUAUUA